AUGAGCGCCAUGGAUCAGUUGGAUGAUGAAAGUUACAACUUGCAUCCAUCGUCCGAGCAGACGGGAGCCCUCCAUGAUGAUGUUAAGAUGGUUCUGAGCUUUGACACGAACGCAGACCCUCAAGUUAUGAGAAGUGACAACUUUGCAACGGCUGCGAAGAAGCAAGUCAGCGUGCGGCUCCACUCGGACAGCACCGUGAAGGUCGUUGCCAAGAAGAACCUACGCUUGCUGACACUGGAGGACCGAUCUACAGCCUCCACCGAUGGUCUGCGGCUCGGGCAACGUAACUUGCAAGCCAUGUGGACACUAGCUUGGUGGUGGGUGGUGAUCUUCAUUGUUUUUCGAUCUACACAACUUAAGGUUCUCAAGGCUAUCGACCGCGUAAAGGCUGACACUGCCGCCUUGCAGCAGCGCCGGGACGGGAGGCGCUCCUACUCUUACCUUGCUGUUGCACGUGUUUUGGGCAUCAUGGAGUUAGCUAAGGAAUCAUAUCGGGAAGUUAAGGAGCUCUACCAAAGCCAGAAUGGCCGCGAGGAGGAGCCUGACUUAGAGCUGCUGGGGAAUGCGGCCUUGGAAAACGUUGAGGUUGUCGCAGAGCAGUAUUUCGAAGUUCGAUCCUGGCAAGAGUAUUUCAAGGACGAGGUCAACGUGACCAAGUACAAUGUCAAAAAGCAUGGCGUCGCUGGCUCAGAGAGCUGCGAAGCAUGUGAGGUCGGCAAUGACGUGAAGGACCUUGGCCGCGGAGCUGCCACUGUUGUCCAAAGCGGGCGUGAGCAGGUCAGGGAGUGGGGCAGCCGCCUCUGCUGCAGGAACCUUCGCUUCAAGGACCCGAAGACGAAGUCGCAAUGGACUGGCGGACUGAGCCAGGAGCACAUCGCGACAGCCGUCCAUGACACGGUGGUGGCACCGGUGAAGCGUGCGUGGCACUUGAUGGUGACCGGCUUCAUUCUUUGCGUCCUCGUCCCUUUGUUUGCCCUUAGGACCUACGCUCCUCUCAACUCCGUGGUGUCAAACCUAGGCCUCCUUUGGCUCGCGAUCUGCACAUGCUGCCCACCCAGGGGCAUGCAUGGAAGAGCAGGGAAGGCUGCAUUGUUAGUGCUCUACCCCUUGAUAACGGUGUUUCUACCACUGGCUCUUCACUACUGGGCAACUCAUCCCGAGCUCUCACACGACGUCGGCAACAUGUUCCGUCGAUUGCCGGAGCAAUUGAGCCGACUACCUGAGCAGCUGGACAAGCUGUCAGGGCCUCAUUUUUUGCUGGAGGCUGCACACUGCGCUGCGUCCAGCAUGAUGCGCAAGCUGCUUGUUGCUUAA